AUGCCCGCUUCCCAAUUCUUCGAGUUUGAAUUCCUUUUCGACGAUGACAGCGAAGCCAAAGGAAAGAACGGGGAUCUUGACUUCGAUUGGAAUGCUGAAGAUGGCCGCUUGAGUCAUCGCCUUGAGUGCGACUACACGAACAAAGAUCCCGUUCGCGAGAAGCUAAGUGCCCCAGCGAUCAACACCAGCACCGAGGGUGGCCAGCGCGCUCAUCUUCCGCUGCCCCAGCAGUACGACUUUGCACUCGUCGCGGAUCUCGACAAGGGCAGCCGCGAUCCAAAGAAGUUCGAGUGGCACUCCAUCAUGCAGAAAGCGACGCUGAGGCGAAACGAGCGAGGCAACUUUACCAUCGAGUGGGGCGAGACCAUCAAGCUCACCUCCACGGUGGCCAACAAGAACCGAUCGAUGGAGCUGAGCGAGCUCGUGCGCAUGAGCCACAGCGGCUCUCUCCUGGGCAUGUGCGACUCGACCGGCAUCGUCUACGAGAUAUCACCAAAGAAAGGUGGCGGCGCCUUUCCUCGCCACGCCAUCGCCGACGGCAAUGGCCGGCAUCCCAAGCCAUUCAAAACGGAGUGGGCCACCGAGAAAGACGGCCUGCUCUACCUGGGUUCCAUCGGCAAGGAGUGGGUCGUCAACGGGGAAGCACUGCACCACAACUGUGUGUGGGUCAAGACACUCGAUCGCUGCGGCAAGAUCACCAGCCAUGACUGGACCGCAAACUACAAAGCGUUGCGAGUAGCGACAAACACCACCUUCCCGGGCUAUCUGUCACAUGAAGCUGUCGCCUGGCAUCCUGAGGAGCGCAAGUGGCUGUUCCUCCCGCGCAAGGCCAGCGAGCACACGCCCUACGACGAACGCACGGACGAGUUCCUCGCCUCCAACCUCCUCCUCAUCGCCGACGAAGAUUUCUCGCACGUUGAAGUACGCCGAGUUGGGCCAUUGGAAUGCGAUUACGGGUUCACCUCGAUGAAGGUCAUACCCCACACCAACGAGAUCAUCGCCCUCAAGGUGCGGGAGGUGAACGAAGUGUCGGAGACGUGGAUCACCAUAUUCGACCUGGAGGGCAACUUCCGCCUCGAGCCGCGAUGGAAGCUGCUCGUGGAUCGGCGCAUCAAAUACGAGGGCCUGGCCUUCCUCUGA